AUGCCUUGCCUUAAUGGAAAAUAUAUGAUGAAUGUGGUUUUGCUAGAAGACAAAGACUUACCUUGGAGUAUUCAGUACGUGGAAGGACCAGUCGACAAAGCCAUUCACCAAAUCAAUUCUCGAGCUGGUGUGCAGCACAAUCUAACUGCCAGCUACAACGGGUUCCAGACUACAUUUUAUAAACACAAAGGCUGUAGCAGCUCUAUCUGUGAGGGUGUAGAAAUUCUGAAGAACCUGACUAAUACAGGAGACAUUGGCUGUACUCUACUGGGACCGACCUGUACUUACGCAACCUUCCAAUUGGUGGAUCUUGAGAUUGGUCUGAAUGUCAACAUGCCAAUCAUCUCAGCCGGAAGCUUCGGUGUGUCAUGUGACUACAAGGCUAACCUCACCCGUUUGCUGCCUCCAGCGCGCAAGGUCUCCACCUUCUUCCUUCACUUCUGGAAAUACCAGGAUCGCACUAAGCCUGAGUGGAACAACACGUACAUCUAUAAGAAAUCAACAAACACAGAGGAUUGUUUUUGGUACAUCAAUGCUCUGGAGACAGCCUCUGCUUACUUUGCUCCCACUCUGGAGAGGCGUGUGGUACUGAGGACAGAAGAGAGCCUCCGCAUGGCUUUUGCCAAUAAGAACAGGGACAGUAACUUGUUUAUCAUUUGUGGAACGCCGGAUGACAUAGUUCACCUGAAGAACGGAAGUCUAAAAUAUGAUAGCGAAGUCGCUAUCAUAUUGAUCGACCUCUACAGUGACAAAUACUACAAGGAGAAAUCAUUUCCAGACAUGAGGAACGUGUUGGUUCUCACCAUGCCCGAUACCAGAAACUAUACCAUCACAGAAAUCAACGGUACCGCUACGAUGAACGACUAUGUGGCAGCGUAUCACGAUGCUGUGCUGCUGUUUGAGAAGGUGAUGAGAAAUAUUUGGAAUAAGCCGGGGGCGGAACUGGAGGGAAUGGAGUUUGUCAACAGCAACCUCUUCAGGAGUGUGUCGUUUGAAGGUAUUGCCGGACCCUAUGAGCUGGAUGAACGUGGAGAUAGAGACGUCACGUUUUCAGUGAUCUACACCAAUUUGCAGAAUGAGUACAAAGUUCUGUAUGAAUUCAACACCACCAUCAACGAAACCGUUCUGGUCGACCUAAAUCCUUCGUUCAUUUGGGCCGACCACUGUCUCCCAGAAGACCGGCCGAAGCCUAUGUUAAAAGCAGCAGGUCUUGAACAACAUGAAAUUAUUGUCCUGGUUUUGGGAACAUCCAUGGUGGGAGUGAUGGCCUCAAUCGCCUUCAUCUUUUACUGGCAAAACAGGUCCUACCGUCGCAGUCAGAAACGAUGGUCUCAUAUUCCUUCUGAUCUAGUCACGCCUCUGGAGUCCACCGAGCACAACAUGGUUUCUCUCAAGAUUGAAGAGGACGGCAAGAAAAAUAAGAGUUUCAAAAUUCGUCGGGCACGCUACGAUAAGAAGAUUGUGAUCCUUAAGGAGCUGAAACACUCAGAUGGCUAUUUUAAUGAAGUCCAAAGAAUAGAACUGAACACGCUCCUCCAAAUCGAUUAUUACAAUUUGACAAAAUUCUACGGGACAGUCAAGAUCGACCAGGAGGUGCUGGGUGUGUUUGAAUAUGGCGAGAGGGGAUCCCUUAAGUAUGUCCUCAAUGACAAGAUCUCAUACCCAGAGGAGACCUUCAUGGACUGGGAGUUUAAAAUUUCUGUCAUGUACGAUAUUGCAAAGGGUAUGUCAUAUCUGCACUCCAGCAAUAUCGCGGUUCACGGACGCCUGAAAUCCACUAACUGUGUAGUGGACAAUCGCAUGGUGGUGAAGAUCACCGACUUUGGCUUUAACACCAUUCUCAGUCCAAGCAGAGAUCUGUGGACAGCUCCAGAGCACUUGCGGAAACAGGGCAUCUCUCAGAAGGGGGAUGUCUACAGUUUUGCCAUCAUUGCCCAGGAAAUCAUGAUGAGGAAGUGUACCUUUUACACACAGGCCUGUUCUGACCGAGCCGAAAAGUUGGCCAGAGUACAAUAUCCCGGUAUAACUUCCUUCUUCAGACCUGACUUAGACUUUGAAACAGCUGGUGAAAGAGAGUUGGAGGUAUACAUGCUCAUCAAAAGCUGCUGGGAUGAGGAUCCAGAUAAAAGGCCCGACUUUAAGAGGAUCGAGAGCAUGCUGGGAAAGAUUGUCAGCCUGCACAACGAGGCCAAUGAGAGCUACAUGGGAAACCUGAUCCGCCGUCUGCAGAUGUACUCCCGCAAUCUGGAGCACCUGGUGGAGGAGAGAACGGCUCUGUACAAGGCAGAGAGAGACCGUGCUGACAACCUCAACUUCAUGCUGCUGCCGGGUCCGGUGGUACGCUCACUGAAGGAGACGGGCAGCGUGGAACCAGAGCUCUUUGAUGAGGUCACCAUCUACUUCAGUGACAUAGUAGGAUUCGCCACUCUCUGUCACUACAGCACACCCAUCGAGGUGGUGGACAUGCUGAAUGACAUCUACAAAAACUUUGACAGCAUCCUGGACAACCAUGAUGUUUAUAAGGUGGAGACGAUUGGGGACGCGUACAUGGUGGCGUCUGGUCUCCCACAGCGAAACGGGAACCGGCAUGCCAUGGACAUUUCUAGCAUGGCACUGGACAUACUGGAGUUUAUGGGAACCUUUGAGCUGCGCCAUCUCCCCGGCCUGCCCGUGUGGAUCCGCAUCGGGAUACACUCAGGGCCCUGUGCCGCGGGCGUGGUGGGCAUUAAAAUGCCGAGAUACUGCUUGUUUGGGGACACAGUGAAUACUGCCUCCAGAAUGGAGUCUACGGGACUACCCUUGCGGAUCCACGUCAGUCAGUCAACGCUAAACAUUCUGAAGCUCACAGACUGCAAGUUUGAGUAUGAGGAGAGAGGAAAGACAUAUUUAAAGGGAAAAGGUAUGGAGAUGACAUACUGGUUAACAGGCAUCACAGGGCAAGACUACAACCUGCCGACACCCCCCACAGUGGAAAACUUCCAGCGCUUACAGCAGGAUCUCGCUCAGAUGAUCCAGACGUGCCUGGAGAAGCGUUCUCUGAGCAUGGAGAAACGGAAGACCCUUUCCACGCGCCUGAAGAGAGUAGUCGGUGAUGAAGGGCAAGGUGACAGCCAGCCUGAAUACCUACACCUGGCUACUGUGGACAACCAGAGCACAGACCAGUAA